GCACAGCAGGAACCCAUGUCUCCUGCAGCAUUUUCGGGGUCCGGGCACCCUGUCCAUGUGGGCCCUCCAACUGCCGAGCCAGAACCAGAGAGGGGAGACGCCAUGACCUCCACCCUAAUGGCCUUGCUCUGUCUCGGGCUGAGUGUGGGCCCCAGGACCCGAGUGCACGCAGGGACCCUCCCCAAACCCACCAUCUGGGCUGAGCCAGGCUCUGUGAUCCCCAGGGGGACCCCUGUGACCAUCUGGUGUCAGGGGAGCCUGGAGGCCCGGGAGUACCGCCUGCUUAAAGAGGGACACUCAGGGCCCUGGGACACAUGGAAGCUACUGCAGUCCGGGGACAAGGCCAAGUUUAUCACAUACAUGACAGUUGUAUAUGCAGGAGGAUAUCGCUGUGACUAUCUCAGUCCCAGCAGCCGGUCAGAGCCCAGUGACCCCCUGGAGCUGGUGAUGACAGGACUGCAGAACAAACCCAGCCUCUCAGCCUUGCCCAGCCCUGUCGCGGCCUCAGGAGGGAGCGUGACCCUCCAGUGUGCCUCCCGGAUGGGAUUCGACAGGUUUGUCCUGAUGAAGGAAGGAGAACGCCAGCCCUCCUCGACACUGGACUCCCAGCAAGCCCCCAGUGGGCAGUUCCAGGCUCUGUUCCUUGUGGGCCCCGUGACCCCCAGCCUCAGGGGGACAUUCAGAUGCUACGGUUAUUACAACAACAUCCCCCACGUGUGGUCCUACCCCAGUGACCCCCUGGAGCUGCUGGUCUCAGGAUGGUCUAGAGACCCCGGCCCCCCACCCACAAGGCCAGGCUCCACAGCUGGUCCCCACUGGUACCUGUACGUCCUCAUCGGGGCCGCGGUGGCCUUCGUCCUGCUGCUCGGCCUCCUCGUCCUCCUCCUGGUCCGACACCGGUGUCGGGGCAAAGGCAGGAAGCGGGGGGCUGCAGACCCGGAGGCCAAGGACAGAGGCCAGCAGGACAGUAUUGAGAAGAGGCCAGUUAAUACCCUAGGCGGCCUGCAAGUGUCCCCGUGA